AUGAGCAACAGCUCCCCGACGGCUUUUCUUCUGUGGUCUAUCCUUUCAGCGCUUUUCCUCAUUUUCUUGGUAUACCACAUCUGGAGUUACGACAAGUUUCAAUGUGUUAGGUGGAAUGGAGGGAGGCAACCGGGUGCCUUCAAACGCAUCAUGACCUAUUCAUACCUCAUGACUGUGCCAUUACUGCUCGUAUUUGCCACCGGCUUGACUGUGCUAAAAUACCAGGAAGGUCAGUUCAUACCGAAGCCUGUGGAUAUGUGGCAAUCGGGACACCGCUCAAUGAUUCUCCCGUUGUUCUUCGUGUUCAGUUUUGCUUGGGCGUUAGAACUCAUCACGCACUUCGAGGAGCUUGCCUUCUGGCUAUUCUUGCUGGAUCAAGGACCGAGUAAACGAGAGUGGUUCACGAGCUGGGAAUAUAGGAUGUGGUACUGCGGAUGCGUCGUUGCCUUCUUGGGCAUGCCAAUUACAGCACUCGCUGCUCGGCAUGAUUUGGACAAGAUCGACGCCUGGAUCUUUCUUGUAGGAUCAUUGGGGUCAACCGUAACAAAUGUCACCUUUGUUUAUGUGUUGAUACGUUUUCCUGCUUUUCUACGUCAUGUCAAAGCCGAGGGUGCGCAGCCUGAUGUUGUCGUUCGGUUGUCCACGUUCUUUGAAUUAAACCUCAUCCGCGUCAUCUUCCGAUUCGCUACGGGGCUGUCCUUGUUGAUCCUCGCAUCAGACGGGAUUCGGACGAUCCAUCCCGUGAACAACAGCUUGUUUUGGUCAGAUUUCCUGCUCUCCAUAGCUGCUGUUGGUCAAAUUGUUUCGUCUACGAUAACCCUUCUUAUUUUCUUCCCCCGUUCCCUCGCUUCGGAAGCAGGCUAUCACGCCAAA